UUCAUGGGGGUUGCCUAAUCACACAUAUGAAGUUUUGAAACGAUCUGACCUUUUUUAACCCUUGGAAACAGCACCUAUGACAUCAUUUUAAGACACUUCCGGUUUACACAGGAAGCUGAAAGCGACCUCUAAUGCGUAUUAUAAGAUGUGUGCAUGAAGUGUAUUAUGUUACAGGUCAGAGGUCGAAUCGAAGUAGAAACUUAGUGUGGAAUGGAUUAGGUCCGGGAUCAGAUGUCAUAUUCCUGUUGUCAUUCUGAAAUACAUGGAAGUAGUAACUUAGUGUGGAAUGGAUUAGGUCCGGGAUCUUUUAACCACUGGUAGUAAUGUCAUGUGAUCUCCCUGACCAAUCAGCUAUCGAAGACUGACAAAUGCUACAGUAACACAAAUUGUGCAAUGACUUUUGACAUCCUGGAGUGCUGGACUUCCUGUCUCACAGUAUUUAAGGCUCAGACGUACAUGCUGUAUUGUCACUGGGUGUGCACCGUGAGUAUCUUUGAUUUGAUAGGCGCUACAAGACGAACGCCAGUUAAUCUAAUUGAACCACCAGGCGCACAACAGGAAAAUAUUAAGGACCUUGAACUUGGAAUCUGAAGAACCCUGCCAUUCACUAGUUCCUGCAACAACAAGCACCAUCAAGGAUGGCUGGAGAAAACCUCUACAAUGUUACGGACGACAUCCCAUCCAAUUGGAUCAUCAUUGAAACCGUCGUACAGUGGACAACAUUCACCAUUGGUUUUCCUCUGAUCUGUCUGUCCAUUUAUGCCAUGUACUUCCUGAUCAGAGCUGAUCACAUCGCUCCAGUCUAUGUUAUCAACCUUCUUAUUGCAGAUCUCAUUCAGAUCUGCAUGAGGCCGUUCAACCUUUCUGGUACCUGGCAAUUUAUUGUAAUUUUGAUUGAUUUCUUUGGUAUUAGUGCAAGCAUUAGUUUCAUGGUAUGUGUUGCUCUCGAGAGAUAUAUUGUGAUUGCUUUUCCUCUCUGGUACCGUUUUCGCCGUAACAUCAAAUACUCGCUCAUAAUGUCCUCCGUCAUCUGGGUUAUCCCUUUCAUCCAAAUCUGCAUGUUGCACCUCACAACGACUCUCGAGAUGAAACUUAUUCUGUUUGCAGUUAACCUCCUCAUACCCUUUCCAUUGCUCGUAUUCUUCCUCGUGGGCACGUUGAAAGCUCUGUCCGUCUCCAUCUCUGUGCCAGCUGUCGAACAGAGACGGAUUAUUGGUACCCUGGCCCUUGUGCUGGGCAAUUACACAGUCCUGUUCCUACCCCUCAUCAUACAAUAUCUGAUAUCAGGGAUAACAGGCAGAGAAAAUGUAAAGAUCGGGACCCUCUUUGAGAGAUUCAGCCCCCUUGUGGAUCCCCUACUCUAUGUGUUCAUGAGAAAGGGAGCUAAGGACACUCUGGCCUUCCCCUGCUUCGGCAAGCUGAUGGGUGACGAGGAGCAGAGUCAGGUCACCAACACUAUGACCAUGACUGAUAGUGUAGUAGAAGGCUCCAGGUAGGACAGAUGCAGGGUAAUGGACUGUAUCUGUAUGAUUCACUAUGUACAGUGCCUUGCGAAAGUAUUCGGCCCCCUUGAACUUUGCGACCUUUUGCCACAUUUCAGGCUUCAAACAUAAAGAU